AAAUAAAGGAAGAGAAGAUCAGUUUGUUUACCUUAAUGGUGGCGGCGGGGUGCGUGCCAGGCCCUCGAGGAUCUGGGUAAGUUCAAAUAAGUGAAUCACUCCAUCUCAAACAAAACCUGGAUAAAGAAGAAUUAAGCCAAACUCUGAGAUUGUAAGAGAAUACAGUUCGGGUCACAAAUAACUCCAGUGAUUCAUAACAGAAAUAAGAGACGUCAGUCGCUGCAGAAGAACAAUACGCCAGCAACUGGAAACCUACAUUCAUUAAGGAAGACAAACAUUUAACAAAGCCUAAAAAGAAAAAAAGAAAACAAAAAAAACCUCUAGUGUUACAAGUAAAUCAAUAAGUGCGUAGCUUAAGAUAACGUAAGCUGCAGUGUGGAAGUGGAGCAACAUCGGUGUAAAAACGACUGCGCUGUGUAGAGGGAGAACCAGGAAGCGGAAAAAGAAAGGAAGACACUGAGAAUCAUGAUCCAGUGAGAUGCUGCAACCCACUGGAACAGAAAAAUCAAUGUAACAGAGAGAAAAAAAAGUGUUAACAUGAUUCUAUAGCAGCUUUAUGUAGAGAGGGAGAAAGACAGAACAGAUAAUAAAGUGUUUAAAAAAGUUAUAGACGGAUUGAGAGACAGAGAAAGGUAUACAAAAGGGAUUAUUGGGAUGAACAUGGAGUGCAGUGACUUUGGACCUUCAUCGAGGCAGAGCAACCUGAUAGACGUCAACGUGAACUUCAACCUCAUCAACAUAAAGCCAAUGAACGGGAACUUGAUCGACGUGAACGCUCGGAACGGAGAGCUCAUGGACGUGAAGGAGAUCGCGGUGGUGGAGAACGGCGUGGUGGUGGGGCGCAAGGCUCACCUCCAGGACCGUCUCGACCGCCUGGAAGUGCUUUACCGUGACACCCGACAGGAACUGGAGGCUACGCGGGAGACUCUCUCAAGGUUCCGUCCCCCGCAGUUGGCCGGCCCCACAUAUACCCUUUGGUCGAGCGGGGUGUCGUACAGCUCCCGCAGCGCAUCCAUCACCCAAGGGCUUGAGGACACAGCGGUUUAUGAGGGAGGAGGAAGCAGCAUCAGUGGUGGCGGCGGUGGCAGCUAUGGCGGGAACACCGGCGGAACGUUUAAGAUCUUUGUGGGGAACCUGAGUGACCUGACCACCCCCAGCGACCUACGUGAGGCUUUCGGAAACUUCGGUGUGGUGGUGGAGGCCGACGUGCUGAAGAAUUACGGGUUUGUGCACAUGCUGGGAGAGGAGGAGGGACUGCGCGCCAUCACUGCUCUGAAUGGGAGGAUGCUGAACGGGAAGCCGCUGAUUGUCGCCGUGUCCACCUGUGGGAGGCGGUCAACGGACCACUCGUCCCACUACAGAGACGCCAAGCCUGAGAGGCACAGACAUGGGGCUGGGGGUGGUGGCGGGGGCAGCAGCACCAGCAGUGGCUCUGGCAACUUUAAGAUUUUCGUGGGCAACCUGAGCCACUGUGCCACCAGCGGGGACAUCAGGAACCUCUUUGAGCAGUACGGGACCAUUGCUGAGGCCGACGUCAUCACCGCCCGAGGAAUAAAGACUUACGGCUUUGUCCACAUGGUGUCCCGUUCUGAUGGGGAAGCUGCCAUCGCUGCUCUGAACGGCUAUGUGCUGCAUGGAAGGCCCAUGGUGGUGGCAGCCUCGACCGGGACACGAAGAACUGGACCACAGAGGAUAAAGAUCUUUGUGGGCAACGUGAGUCCCCACACCACCACACAGGAGCUGCGCAGCCUCUUCCAGUCCUACGGGAAUGUAGUGGAAGCAGACAUCCUCAGUAACUACGCCUUUGUGCACAUGGACAACAUAAGUCAGGGCAAGAGAGCCAUUCGUGAGCUUGAUGGAUAUGAGCUGCACGGAUCGGCCCUGUCGGUGCAGGAGUCCCGUAGUCAGCCCUUCCAGCACUCCCCUUCCCCCCUGCCACCAGCUGAGCCCCAAUUUAACAGGGCCCCAGCCAGCCACCCCCAGAGCUACUACAGGGAACCACCUCCACCGGACCCAUGCCUCCCUGCCCCUGCCCUCUAUGAGCCGCAGUACAGCCGCCCGGCCAGCUACUACAGGGGACGCUAUGAUCCCUACCUGCCCCUGCCAGCACCUCACCAUGCCAGGGGCUGGGGCGAGGAGCACAGGGAGAAUUACUAUGAGCGCUACCCUGACCAGCCUCCUCCAAACCUGGACUACGCCUGCCCCCCGCAGCCCCCCUCCCCGCCACGGUACACCAGCCAGCGACCUUUCUAAGCUCUCCCGUCCCCCUCGGCACCCUCUUUGGUGUGGACCUUUCCUGGCACUUCCGACGGCCCUCCUGCCUCCCUCCCUCCCCCUCGUACCACACUCACGCAGGGCUGAGUGCCGCCCUGCCACACUGGCGUUCCUGUCCCCGGCACCCACCUGACGUUUGCGAUAAUUACUGCCGCCGCCGUUCCCCCUACUACUGUAGCCGUAACGUUUUUAAUGUCGUUGAGGUUCUCGUUUAUAUCCGUAGCGCCUCCGUUCUUUCGCACUUUUAAUUUAUACUGGUAGUGCUUUUUUUCAUAAGAACUGACGAAAAAUGGAUGACGAUGACUAUGAAUUAUGCUAAUUUAAACUGGUAGACAUUAUUUUAGUUAUCCCUAUGUACAGCCUUCGUCCAUGAGGCUCCAGGACUUGGUGUAUCCAUGUGAUGACGCAGAAUGCCCUGUACAUUAUGUGUUGCCUCCCUCAACAACCUCUUCCCCAGUACAGAAGCACUAUAUUAUGAGAGGUUGUUAAGGAGAAAAGAACAAGAGUGUACAAGGUAUUCUACAGGCAGUCCUUACACUCAGCCCCGCACCUCAACAUACAUGGGUUAUAUCUAAUUUCUUUAUAGUAGUUUUCCUGCCAGUCAUAUUAUGUCUUUAUUUAGGGAUGACUGUCAGAAAUUAAUAGAUUAUUUUCAGUAGUUAUUUCCUCACUGGUAGUGUUGCUAAUUCAGAGACAUAUGUUCACUCUUACAUUAUAAUUGUUUGGGAUCACCAUAAAUAAUCAAUAAACUUAGACAUUAUGUGAAUGUUUAUUGGAUUUCAUAUUGUUUAAAUGAUGAACAUUAUGUUCAGAAGCAGAUUAUUGCAUUGGUAACAUCUGCUGUCGUUCUGGUGUCUGUCCGUCAAAAAAUCAUUAUGAAAUAUUUGAAGUGGAGGCUACUUAUUAUUUCCUAAAUCCUAGUUGUAUGGAAAUAACAUUAAGAACUACUUAUAUUCACCAAACUAAGUUAAUCAUAAUUUUAAUGGAGUUUGAAAAUGAACACUGCAAUUACCUCCUCUACAACACCUGUCCAUAUGGAGAAUUAGUGACUAGUUUGCUGUGAGUCAUGCAAAUGUAACUGAACCUGUCAAGAGUCAAAUUGUCUGAAUAAAAUCUUUUGCAAAACGGUGCACAAAAACGCCUUACUGCGCCACCAACAAACACCAAAACGGAACGGUUUCCUUCCACCACAACAACACGCAGGUGUAGGUGAGCCGCUUGUUGCACCGCCACCCAAACACAACAAGUAGCAUGUGUGGAGAGUAAAUGUCAUAUAUUAUACUUUACAUACACUUGGGAAAAUAAUUGUCACCCAGACGGCAGACGUGCGAAAUUUGUAACACCUACGAGUAGUGAUGUGAUAAGGCAGUCAGCCUGGUUAGCCAGGCUGUUAUGUUACAUAUGAUUACAUACAUACAUCCACCCCAGGACCAGCAGCAUUAUUUUGUGCAUCUCCACUUUUACAAGAUAUAAUAAGGCUUCAACUCUGUGGUCUUGAAGUUUUUGCCAUAAUUCACUAUGGCAAUGUCGUUGCAGAAAACAAUGAUGCUGGACAAGGUCUGCUAUGUAGAAUUUUCUCGCAGAAAAGCUUAUUUGUGAGAAAACAGACAUGCACCAUAAUAGGAAACAGCUAAACUGUGUUUGUUUUCUGCUCUCAGAAAAGUAUACACAAUGCUUACACUUAUCUGUCCUAGGAAACCUCCUCCUCCUGGGGCUGUGCUGACCGUGUGUAUCAGAGGAGCCUUGUAACAAACAAGCACACAUACACACACUUUCUCUCUCUCUCUCUCUCUCUCUCUCUCUCUCUCUCUCUCUCACACACUCGUAAUGUUCUGUUACUCCACUCUGUCACAAGCACAAAAAUCAGAAAGAAUACACUUCAUAGAAACUUUUUAACCUUCCUAAGCACUUUGUCUUCAAUUCUGUCACUUCCAUACAAGUACAAAGUCAAUUACAUAACCAUGCAUGUUUGUAUGUACUCCAAACACUAGUUAAGCCUAAUGAGAGUUCCUGGAGGAUUCACUUGCUGUGAAACCUUGGCACCUCAUCACCAGUGAACCUGAAGCAGUGAAACAAAACAUGAAUAGUGAAACCUGACCCUCAAUGGUGGAUCUUCAGUCUGCUCUGAAACUCAAAAGCAAUGAAAGAAAAAUAAUUUCCUACCCAACAAAAGUAAACAUAUAUAUACAUAUAUGUGAUUUAGUUUCAUGUAAGUCCAUUUAGCCAAAAAAUUAAAUAAUGUAAUUUCCUCUCAUGUUUCAAUGUUUCAACUCCAAAACAUUGUCUGUAUGUGAUUCCAAGAAUGACACAUUUUCUACAACACUCAAACAAAACAGUAGUCAGCCUCCAUCCUAAUGUUAAAUUAU